AUGAUUUCUCUUACUUCAAACUGGUGCCUUUUCCUUCUUUGUGCUGGAAUCAUCCUCACUCGAGCGAUGGCAAAACCAGCCGAUGCCGAGAUUGCCAUUGAGAAAGCUGGCGACGCUGCCAAUGAGGCCAAAGAAGCUGCAUCGGAGAGAGCUGGGGAAGCGAAAGAGAACGCAGAAGAAGCUGCAAGCAAUGCGAAAGAGAACGCAGAAGAAGCUGCAGGCAAGGCGAAAGGUUGGCUUGGAUCUGCCGUCGAUAGCGUGAAGGACGGUCUCUCAUCAGUCGGAAGCGCCAUUUCUGGCUCAGCUAGUGAAGCCAAGGAAGACAUCAAGGAGGGUGCAUCGGACGCUUCAGACGCAGCUGGUGACGCAGCAUCGAAGGCCCGAGAUGGAGCUUCCGAGGCAGGACGUCAUAUCAGCAACACAGCUGCUGACGUGAGGGAUAAAGCAUCCGCGGCCAGCGAGGACAUUAGUGAGUUUUCUAGGACAUUAGAGUUUCAGCAAAUCCAUUCUCUGUGA